GAGGUGUCCAGAUGUGGACGCAUUCGAGACGAGGCUUGCUAAGGCGCGGGAAAGAGCUGCAGUGGCAUCCUCAGGACUGCCCGAACUAGACCGUUGUUCGGAGUGGAAGUCGGCGUUAAUUAUGAAGGGCUUUUUUGGAAAUGAUCCAUUUACAACAAUCUCAUUGGCCUUAGAAUUCGAGCAACUACUUUACUUAAAAGAAAGAAACUGAUUGCAUCUGUGCAGAGGAGUACUCCGCUCAGGAAGUGGGAGUAGGUAUUGUAUAGAUGGUAUUACAGUUACACUGAUAAACUCAGCAUAGUUGUAUUCAGGCUAGUGUAUUUCCCGUGAAAUAGGAGAUAGGCGAGGUCAGGGGGAAGCCCCUGAGCAUCUCCUGCAGGCUUCCCUCCCGUCUCCAAAGCUUAGUGCCCUACUAAACUUCUUUUAGAGAACCCGACUCGAUGGAGAAAGGUUCUUGAGUUCUCUAAUUUGAAGGUGCUGCGUCGCGGGCUUGAGCAAUCACGCAGAAGGCUUCAGCAGCAUGUUCUUGGCGGAUAAUUGGAAUAUGGGUACUACUACUAGAGACGCCUACGCCAUAAUGAUGAUCACGAUCUCAUGUUAGAUUCGCAGAGUACGUAGUGC